AUGGAAGACUCACCGGAGUUGGCACAGUUGAUGCACCAUCUCCAGAGUUCGUCGUCGGCCCAACCAGCAAUGCCAGAGUCGACUUCCACACCUGGACUUUUGCCAAAUGGCAAAAAGACGAAAGGCCGCGUCAAGAUUAAAAUGGAAUAUAUUGGUAACAAACUCAGACGGUAUACGACAUUUAGUAAAAGGAAAACGGGCAUUAUGAAAAAAGCUUACGAGUUAUCGACGUUAACGGGCACACAAGUUAUGCUAUUGGUCGCAUCGGAAACAGGUCACGUCUAUACGUACGCCACAAAGAAACUACAACCGAUGAUCUCUUCGGAUACCGGCAAAGCACUCAUACAAACGUGUUUGAACGCACCCGGAGAUGGCUCCGAUUUACAACCAAAUCGAACCGAAUUCACGUUUGAAACGGGGACUGCACCACCAAAUCCACGAAAACGACGUAUCGCCGACAACUCGGACAGCACAGUAAGUGAUGACGUCAUCGGUUGUUGA